AUGGCCGACUCCGACGUCGCGACUCCAAUCGAACUCCCCGUCAUCGACAUCUCCGAUCCUCACGACCCCGUCGUGGGGAAGGCGAUGCUCGAUGCGGCGGCCAAGUAUGGGUUUCUCUAUGUGAAUAGCAAGGGCACUGAUUUUUCGACUGAGGAUGUCGACCACGCCUUUGGAUUGUCCAAGAGGUUCUUUGCAUCUCCCGCAGCGGAGAAGGAGACAUGCCGCAUUACUCCCAAUAAUCGUGGCUGGUCCGGCAUGCACACGGAAACCCUCGACCCCGAGAACCAACGCACCGGAGACUUCAAGGAAGCCAUGAAUUUCGGCGACUUCGAAAACGGAAAAGCGCAGCAGCCUGUGCCCCCAGUUCUGGCACCGCACGAGUCUGAAAUCAGCGACUUUGCCGUCCUCUGCACCAAGACUUGUAACCGGAUCCUCAGCCUACUCGCCCUAGGCCUGGAGAUGCCCCAAGACUUCUUCACCUCCCGCCACGACCCAGCCAGCGGACCUACGGGAAGCAUCCUCCGCUUUCUGUACUACCCUUCAAUCUUCUCACCAGCUACUGCAAGCUACAAACACGAUAAGGACGUGCGAGCCGGCGCCCACUCCGACUACGGAAGUAUCACCUUGCUCUUCCAACGACCCGGCCAACCUGGUCUGGAAAUCCUGACGCCCGAGCAAACAUGGGCUCCUGUCCCCAUCGUACCUGGUAACGAUCCCUCUGCCUUCCCGUUCCCACCUAUCCUGGUGAACAUCGGGGACCUGCUCAGUUAUUGGACCGAUGGAUUGCUCAAGUCGACCGUGCACCGUGUUGUUUUCCCGCUAGCUGAGCAACGGAGUCCGAAUCCGCAGGAUCGGUAUACCGUCGUGUACUUCUGUCAUCCUGUAGACGCGACGGAGCUAGUCCCUGUUCCCUCGGAGGUUGUCAAGCAGCACCGAGCCAAGUCCGGUGGUGUCGGUGUUGUGGGCUUUGGUGGUGGUGCUGGUUCUUUGGAGCCCGGUAAGAGGCCUCUGACUGCUGCGGAGCAUUUGGAGUCGCGGCUUGCGGCAACAUAUGGAUUUACGAAGGAAAACUAG